AUGAGGGUCACUUUGUCCGACUCGUACAUCACGUCAAACGAGUCAAUACGGCUCACUUUCGAUACGUUGGAAAGUAUGUCAAUCAACGCCUGCACCGAGUGUUUGUAUGGAUUCACUUUUCUCAGGCCAUUCUCACUGGCGACCAAUAGCACUGCGGGCUCACCCGCGGCCACACACGUGGUCGUAGUGCCGAACCGACACGUAGUGCUCCGAUCGCAGCCCUCCUCAUCGCUACUAUCGCCGCAAUCGUCGUUACCGUUGCACACGUCCGACGAGUCGAUGCACUGUUUGUUAGAGCACUGGAACUCAUUCGGCAGACAGACGUGUCAUAACAAUUGUACGACCAGUCAGUUUGUGUGCAAUUCAACGUAUAAUUGUAUACCAUUUUGGUGGCAGUGCGAUUCUCAAGACGAUUGCGGCGAUGGUUCGGACGAACCGUCAGAUUGUCGGCCGUUUCACUGCAAUCCCGGUCAGUUCCAGUGCGAUAACACCCAUUGCAUACCUCCCAAUCAGUUGUGCGAUGCCAUCAGUCAGUGCGGCGACGGUUCCGAUGAAAAGGAUUGCGACAAAUAUACGUGUCUUCCGAGUCAAUUUAAAUGCGCGGCUAAUGAGACGGUUGGCGCCCAUUGUAUUAGUAUAACGAGUCGAUGCGAUGGCAUAAACGACUGUCCACUCAAAGAAGAUGAGGAAAACUGUCCUGAGAAAGUGUGUCAAAGCAAUCAACACAAGUGCGAUAAUAAUCGAUGCAUACCUCAGGUGUGGACCUGCGAUGGGGACGACGAUUGCGGUGAUAAUAGCGACGAACCGGUCAACUGUACGGCUCGGAAAUGUGCCAAUAAUUACUUUAAGUGCGAAACCGGGCGAUGCAUUCCUCUCAGCUGGAAAUGCGACGGCGAUCACGACUGCGUCGGUCAAGAGGACGAGCAAUCGUGUAAAGACAAACCGUCGUCUUGUGGUGACAAUUACUUCCACUGCGACAACAAUAAGUGCAUUCCCAACCGAUGGAAGUGUGACUUUGAGGACGAUUGCGGCGACGGUUCCGACGAACUCAAGUGUCAGCCCAGAGAGUGCUCGGAAGAUGAGUUCCGGUGCGCAAACGGACGGUGUAUUCGGUCGAUGUGGAGAUGCAAUGGUGUCUACAAUUGCGAGGAUAAAAGCGAUGAAAACAAUUGUAACGUUACGUGCAAUCAGAAUGAGUUCCAGUGCCAGGACAGCAACUUCUGUGUACUCAACGACUGGAAAUGUGAUGGAGACGCCGACUGUCCGGACUCUUCGGAUGAGAAGCAUUGCGGCCACACAUGUAUGGCAUCCGAAUUCCUGUGUCAUAACCAGCAAUGUAUUAGCGCUUUGUGGCGAUGCGAUGGCGAAGACGAUUGCGGCGACAAUUCCGAUGAAGAUCGGGCCACGUGUUCGGCGAUGGCCUGUCCUCCCGGACGGUUCCGAUGCAAGAAUAAUAUAUGCAUUUCCAAUGACAGGGUUUGCGACGGAAAGAACUCGUGCGGCGACGGCAGCGAUGAGGAGAAAGAGUUCUGCGCUCAACACAAACACUGUCUGCCGAAUGAGUUCCAGUGCUCUAACAAACAG